UUGAAGUUGCCAUCAAAGCAGAAAGGAAUUUUAUCACGUAUGGACAACAUGGGCAAUUCUAACGAUGACAAGAAACGAUCACCAAAAUGCGCCAGGUGUAGAAACCACGGCUACGAUUCUUCGUUAAAAGGUCACAAAGGAUACUGCCGAUGGAGGGAUUGCAUGUGCGCUAAAUGCGUGCUGAUUGUGGAGCGUCAACGAGUUCUAGCAGCUCAAGUGGCGUUGCGAAGACAACAGAUGCAAGAAUCAAAACAAAGACCAGCUCCCCUGCCAAGAGGAGAUGUUUUCCCUGUCUCAAGAUUAUCUCCAAAUUUACCGGCUUCUCCUUCCAGUCCGUUAGGUGAUAUUGACAAAGAUUCCGAUAAAGAAAGCGCGAAGUCUCCAACACCCGCACCUCCAGCCGAAUCCAGAAAAAUCUAUUAUGAACAAUUACCGACACCACCUCCGACGAGAGAUCUUCCCGAAAGAAUCCCAAGGAUGUUGGGCCCGCCUCACUUUUCACCCUACGGAUAUCCACCAUCGUGUAUAUUCAGAAAGCCGGUCAUCAUGAAAGACUCAGCAUUCCAGCCGUGGACACACCGUUCAAAAGGUAUGUCCGACCACGCAAGAUUUUCUCCCUACCAUCUUCCACCAAAUAGCCAUAUGAAAUACUUUCCUGAAAAAAUCUCCUGUGCUGAUGAUCAUUGCCCCCGAAGCGCUUUUCUCUUUCCUCCACCUCCCCCAUCUAUGGAUUAUUUACGGGAAAGGAGAAGAAUAUACGAGGACAUUGAGGCAAGAAUUGAUGUAAAUAAAAAUAAACCCGAUUCUCCACUGUGUAAAGAAGAAGGAGAACCAACAGAGUCAAGAAAAUCGCCCAUUCAUAUGCUGACCAGGUUAUUUCCUCAACACGCAAUUAACGUUCUGCAAAAUACACUCGCAGAAUGCAACGGCGAUCCUGUAUCCACGAUUGAGAGGAUUUUGGAUAAAUUUCCGUCACAUGUGACAAAGCAAGAAAUAAUGAAGCAAAUUCGACGUUCACCUUUGCCUGUCGAUGUUAACAACAAUAUUGAACAUUCAAUGGUGAAAGAAAAACGUCAUUUUUCAAUUAACGAUGACCAGUUAUCGACGUUAGCGAAAGCUUAUGAUAUUACGGUGCCGGAUGAGAAAACCGACAUUCGACGUGAGUCGUACUCAUGGUGAUCUUUUUGUUUCCAUCAAAACAACGGCAUAACGUAUGACGAGUAAAUGUAAAUAUAAAAUUAAAAAGUUGCUUGAAUUGUAAAUAAAGUGUAAAUUAUGUUCUGUUCCUUAUUGUAUCAUGAGAAAAAAGAAACACAUCUGUACUUUCGAAGUUGUUGCUAUUGAUCUCGCUGAAUGUAUACUAACCACCCUCAUCACCAGGGUUUUUUGACUUUUUGUUAUGAAAGAAGACAAAAAACACUGGGGACAAGGGAGGUAUACUAACAUGUUUUUUAAGACAGCAUUUGUCAUAAAAAUUAAACAAUUUUCGGAUAUGUACCAGCAUUAGAAAACAGGACGCGACAUUUCCCCUUUGUAGCGAGCGUUGGCGACGGCAUUACAAAAGGACUACACGUGAGCAGAUUUGCAGUCGGUAGAUUACUCAAAGUGGAAUGAAAACAUUAUAUUUAAUGUACACGAGUUACGCUGUUUAUACUAGCUUUUGGGUAUCAAAUAUACUAGGGAGGGGCAGGCUCCCCCUACCCCCUCAAACCACAUUUGAAUAGUUAAACCCAGUUAAUGAAACAUGUUGGCAAUAAUAUAUAGCUAACAUAAAAGAAGUUGAUUGGCAGGAAUAAAAUUUACUGACGUCAGCAAUUUUACUAAAACCCCAUGACUGAUUGGAAAACAGUCGCCGAGCUUUUGUGAAUCGAUAAGAUUGGUUUUCGUGCGAUUUUAGUUUGCUGAAUAGUUUCUACGUUAGUACCCUUCAUAUUCACAAUAAUACAAUUUAUGACAAUAAUACAGAA